AGAUAUUUCCACAGGCCUCUUUAAGCCACCUGCUUCUCUUCCCUGUUCAGAGCCAUCCCUUGACUUGGAGCUGAAUUUCAGGUUAAAGGGCAGCUAAAACACAAGAGGAUCUACCUUAAAACACAUGGAUCUACCUUACUACCACGGCCCUCUGACCAAGCGUGAUUGUGAGAUCUUGCUGCUCAAGGAAGGAGUGGAUGGCAACUUUCUGCUAAGAGAUAGCGAGUCUAUGCCAGGAGUCCUGUGCCUCUGUGUCUCGUUUAAAAAUUUUGUCUAUACAUACCGAAUCUUCAGAGAAAGACAUGGGAAUUACAAAAUACAGACUUUGGAAGGUACUCCAAAACUGAUCUUUCCAAACCUAAAGGAAUUGAUCUCCAAAUUUGAGAAACCAAACCAAGGUCUGGUGGUUCAUCUUUCAAACCCAAUAAAGAGAACCAGUCCCAACUUGAGAUGGAGAAGAUUGCAAAUUGAACUGAAUGAGAACAAUGACUAUGUGUCUGUCUUGCCUUGAAGAUAAGACUUGAAGAUAAGGACAAAGUAAGUUAAAGAAGAGAUGGGUCAACAGUUCUCACAGAUGGUGACUGCUUCACCUGCAAGUGUAGGUCUGGAAUGACAAAUUUUAAUGGACAAUUCAAAGUUUCCCAGUCUCAGUAAUGAAAGAUCUUCUGUCUACCAGUCUCAGAGAAAUCACUCCUCAUGUCCCUGCCUCCAAGACAUACACCACCAGAAGCCUUAAAGCCUCUUUUCACUUCUUACUCUUAUUUCUUGGAAUGGGAUGCCUGAACCUAUUCUCUCUGACUUCUUAAAGGAACCACAUCACAGCUGAUACCUUCUUUCUGUCAGCUUUAUACAGAGGAAAGAGCACUUGGCAAUGAGUUCAGAACAGUUUCAAUCCUGUGACUGUGACUGUGGAUAACUCACAGUCUCUUUGUUUAUAAAACAAGUGGUUGGGGGUAGUUGGUGGUAAAACACACUGGCCUAAUCUCUCCGAGGAGCCUGGUUGUGUCCAGCGGAGUUAGAGAAUCCAGAAGUGCUGGAAAUGUGUACAGUUCAGUAAGGGAUCAGAGUCUCAUCCUCCCCAAACAGUCAACACAUUCUCUGUACUUGCCUUACUGAUCUUUGUAAGAUUUAUAUUUUUUUUUAAUCAAAGUUAAACCUGUAAUACAACACAAACAUGUUUACUGUAACCUAAAUUUCACAAGUAUAAUGGAACUAUCUUAAGUUAGGAAACCAUGUGGUCAGAAUGGAGCCAUUUUUGAAUUCUCUAACAGGUAUCCAAUCACAACUGUAGCCCUUUUCCAUGCCCCCCUCCCCAGAAUUUUAAAUUAGCUAAUCAUGUAGAGUAUACCUCUGAACUCUUCCUUUCAGAGUGAAGGGCAGUGCUUCAUUCAGGAUAGAAGCAGGCAGACUGCCUGCCCAGGUAUCCUGCUCACUGGAUUCCCUCUGGGGGCACACCUUUUUGCAGAAGAACUUUGUUUUUUGUGUUGCCUUCCCACUUCCAAGCAUGCAUUUGAUAUCUUGCAGCACCCUGAUAAUUCUAACAGUCUUAGUUGUGUCAAGGGCCUUGACCCAACCAUGCACCCUUCUUCUUCAGCCUGGGUUGUUCUUCCUCUGUCUCUUCUCCUUCUUUCUCAUAUUGGCCUUCCUGUCAAACAUGGCCUUAACACACUUUCUUCCUGCUUGUGCCUAAUUCCUCUUAUGCAUCAAUCACUUCAGCAACAUAGAUAUGACUCUGUCCUGUGAUAUAUGUGGGUAUUUUAAAGAUAUCCUCCUAUGUGUGAUUUCUCUUCCCACCUAGGUUCUAAGCCCCAUGCUUGGGUCUCCCUUUUAUCCUCCACAGUGUGUAAAAAUACUUGCUUUACAGAGCUGUGUCCCAUUCAUAGACAUUAUUGACUAGAAGUAUAUUUCUGAAGAGAUAACUGAAUUUUAAGGUCUCUUGAAUUUUUCUGCUAGUUCAAAAGGUUAGUUAGAAUCUUGUUAAUUUCGAAUGUACCAAGUUCAGUGUCCAUCCUUAAACCACAAUGGUUUAAUUUCAGCCCCCUGACCUUUCUUUCAAAGUUAUUAGAAAGAGGAACUCUAGAUUUUAGAUGACAUGAGCAGACAUGUGACUGGAGUCCCAGAAUGUGAAUUCUUGGGUCACAGCAAUCCAAGGUUAUGACCAAAUACAGAAGUGAAAUGCAGCCAAUCAGAAGGGAACCAAUUUCUUCUGGUUGGUUCAGUAAAGCCACCAGAAGCAAGUCUGCUUCCUGUGAUUCAGUUCUAGAACUUUAAUUCUUUCUUAAUGGUGCUAAGAAGCAUGUUCCAGUUUCCAGCAACUACAAUAAUCCUUGGCAAAGAAAAUAGAUUCAAUGAAUAAUUCUCAAAUAAAUGAAUGAAUAAAUCAGUAUAAAACUGUGGUCACUCAUUUUGGAUAGUAGGUAUUUGCUUGAACUUUAUACAUUUCAAAAUUCAGUAGAUGGGGACAACUUCUAAGAUCUUUAAAUUAUAACUCUCUUAGAAGCAAUUUCCUUUUUGUCAAGCACCCAUGCAUAGCAUCUUGCAUGAUGCUUGGUGAGUUUUCAGUACAUUUCUCAAAUAAACAACUAUUAAAUAGCUAUUAAAUAAAUAAACAUUUAAUAGCUGAUGUGAACGUCACACUAUGAAUCCCUGACAUUUUUUAGAAGAUCCUGAACAGGUCACAGGAAGAACAAUUUAAAAAUAUGGGUAUGUGGGAUUGAAAGAGGAAAGCCAAACUAUCAAUAUUUAUUUCAAGUGUUCAAAGUGCUGCUCUGAAAGAUGUUGCAGGCUCACUGGGUACAAUGACAGGCCAAAGAACUUGGACCAACGGUUGGGUGUUUAUAGGAGGACAGUUUUAGCCAAAUAUAAGAACACUGAACCCACUGGAGCUAUCCUACAUCCUAACAGACUGACCAGUAUUAUGAUUCAAUUAGACAAUGAUAUAUUCCAAGGAAGUAGAAGCAUUGAUUUCUGUCCUGAAAAGAAAUCGGACUACCUGAAUGCUGAGGUAACUUCCAAAUCAAGGACAAUCAAAUUUUACUCUCUUCUUUAAUAACUAUAGUGGGUAUCUAUCUCUCUCUUUCUUUUUUUAUUUCAGAAUGGAGAAUUGAGUUUAGCACAUUCUUUCAUUCUUAAUUCACAACCACCAUCAGUUUAUAUAAGAACUCUCUUUUGUUUUAUUGCAUUUUUCUUUCCUUCACCCCUAAUUCCCAUUCCAAGAUCCCUGCCUCUGGAACCAACUCUAUAAUUUUGAUAUAAGAACUUGGACAUGGAUUACCAUUGCAGACUAUAAAGUAUUGGCUAUGAACACCUACAUUUAGCAUUUAUGUACAUGAUAUGGUGAUAUUACUCUAAAUCUGUUAUUUUUUUUUUUUUUUAAUGCACUGCUGAUCCUAUUCCAUAUUGUUGAGUAUCUUAAUUCAGUACCUCUAACUGAUGCUUGAUUUUCCACAGUGUGCAUUUGGCCAUUAUAAACAUGCUACAUCCACUUAUAUGGGUCAUAAGUUUUGCUGUUUACUGGAGUUGCAAAUUUUCACCAUAGAAUCUUAUAUAUUCUGUUAAAUUAAUUUCUAAUUAUUUUUAGUUGUUAUAAAUUAUAUCUUAUGUUUUAUUGUCUUUCUAAUAGUCUAUGGUAGCAGCAAAAUAUUUACUUUCCCAUUUACUACUGGUUUACUUAUUGAUUCUAUUGGGCUUUCAAUAUAAAUGAUUUUUGUCAGCUGUAAAUAUUAUUUUGGUCUUUUCAAUACUUAUGCUUCUUAUUUAUUUUUCAUGUUUACUUCAGUGGCUAAGGGCCUCUAAUACACAUUAAACAGUAGUCAUGAUAGUGGGUAUUUUUGUGUUGU